AUGAUACCAAAUUUAAAAGUUAAGAUAAAUAAUAAAUUUGAUACAUCUCUAUAUUUUGCUCAAAAGAAUUUCGAAGAUUUAAAAUAUGUAGAUUUAAAAAAAAGACCACCAAUAGCUUACCAUUACCUAUAUUACGAUGUUCAAACACAUACCACUUACAGUUCAAAUCUAACCGAAUCAAAUAGAACCGAAGUUAUAGGUAAAGUUUUAUUAUAUAAAGGUUUACAAUAUACGCACGAAGCUGAAUGGGAGAUGGUUUAUCUUAAUCAAGGCCACUCUCAUAAUUCAAUUAUUGGAUGGUCGUGGGAGUUUGAUAAAACUUUUGGUAUUUCAAAUUUAAUUUUUGACUUGUGCUUCUUUACAUUUCAUAUAGACACUGUUAAUUGGUAUGUCUGCAAAGAAGUAAUUAAAGAUAAUAACAUCAGUGAGGAAUAUUUAAAAAAAAAUGCCCUUUUGCUGCCACUGGGAACUGUUAACAAAUUGGUGGUUUUUGAUAAAAAAAUAGAUAUUACAGAGUAUAUCAAAGGUUCAAGUUCAUUUUGCUUAGUUUGCUUCAUCCCAAGAAAUACCUCAACUCAGUUAUUCCGUAGCAAGUCAUUAGAGUAUGUGGAUAGGCCUCCAUUUAAUACAAAUCCAAAUGACUAUCAACACCAAUACAAAUAUCCAUUUGGCGUUUAUAUUGAAUUAUCACCCAUUGGUAGAAAAGAAGAUGACAACCAAAAGAAACAAAAUAUUAAUAACAAUUAUCACUAUUAUUUCAUUGAAUCAUAUCCAGGUUUAAAAUCACCAAUAGAAUCAGAGUCAUGGGGUGUUGAUAGGUUGCAAUGCUGGUUAUCAGAUAGAUUAUUCUUUGAAUUUAUGGAUUACUUUAGAAGGAAUGGCAUUGAUGGAAAGAAGGUUUUUUCAUUAGAUAUAGACACAGAAUUUAAAUCAUCUGGUAUAUCAAGGGAUAGAAUAGCAAAGUUAAAAAAGCAAUUAAUAAAGUUAAAGUCAUUUGGUGCAAAAAAAGAAACAUUGUAUACUGUCGACAAAAAGAUGAUUACCUCAAAUACAAUAUUAACUUUAAAAAAGAAACUAACCAAGGAAGAAGAUAGUUCAGGUAGAGAUUAUAAUAGCACAAAAAAUAGUAGUAAUAACAACAAUAAUAAUAACAAUAAAGAAUUGGAGGUGAGGGUCAACGAUGAUACAUCAGAUUAUAAAAUCAUAAUCAAAGAUAAAGAAAUCAAUGUUCAUAGAAAGAUGUUAUCGAAAAUAGAGUAUUUUAGAGUAUUAUUCAAUUCAAUCUUCAAAGAAAAUAAAGAAAACUUUUCAAAGUUUGACGAUGAGGAUUAUGAAACCUUCAAAUCCCUUUUGGAGAUUCUAUACCUCCACAACGAAGAAAAGGUCGAAUUUUUAAAGACACUAGAGCCAAUUCAAUUAAGAAAUAUUUUGUUUUUAUCAAAUCGUUUGCUCUAUCAAAAACUAGAAUUUAUGAUAGAAAAUUAUAUCUUAUGGAAUGUAAACACAGAAAACGCCAUGGAUGUAUAUAAUGGUUUUGCAGGAAAUGAACCAAUUCAAUUGUUCACAGAAAAUUUUUUAAAAAUUACUAAAAAACAAUAA